GUGUUUGAUACUUCUGAUCUACCUGGGGGUGUGGUUAAUAUCAUAACAGGAUCACGUGAUCAUUUAAUUAAAUAUUUAACCGAACAUCAAGACAUUCAAGCUAUUUGGUAUUUUGGGUCGGCUGAAGGUUCUAAGUUUGUAGAGUUACAUUCAGUGGACAAUAUCAAGAGGACGUGGGUCAGUUAUGGGAUCAGUAGAGACUGGACCAGCUCAGAACAAGGACAGGGGGAGGAGUUUCUGUAUCAUUCCUGUGAAGUGAAGAAUGUUUGGAUACCAAUGGGAGAAAUAUUUGCUAACUAAUCAAUAAUAAUAAUAAUGUGACAGUUAUUAAGAAUUUUAUUUUUUGUUAUUAUUAUUAUUAUGGUUGUUGUGUGAUACCAGUUGUAUUAUUCCAUUAGUUAGUGUGAAACUGUGAAUUAUAA